CGAGGGCAACUUUUACACCUCUAAACGAGACAAAAGGGGGUGUUUUUGAAUUACAUUCCCCAAAGCGGGGGGUUUGGAUGGUAUGGCUGAGUCGAACAGCGCGAGUUUCCCUCACGCGACACCAAACGGGUCCAGUCGCCAUGAAAAGAGUUUGGGUCUCCUCACAGUCAAGUUUGUAACUCUGCUUCAAGAGGCCAAAGACGGAGUGCUUGAUCUCAAAGUGGCUGCUGACAGUUUGGCAGUGAAACAGAAAAGAAGGAUCUAUGACAUCACCAAUGUUCUUGAAGGCAUUGGGCUCAUUGAAAAAAAGACCAAAAACACCAUUCAGUGGAAAGGAGAGAGUACAGGGUGCCAGCCUCAGGAAGUUCUGGAGCAGGUGGAACUUCUCAAGGCAAAUAUUGCUGAGUUGGAAAUUCAAGAGAGAGAGCUGGACAUGCAGAAAGCAUAUCUGCAACAGAGCAUCAAACACCUGAAUGAAGACCCCUCCAGCUGCAGAUAUAGCUAUGUCACACAUGAGGACAUAUGUGAUGCGUUCAGUGGAGAUACUCUUAUAGCUGUGAUGGCACCAUCAGGGACACAGUUGGAGGUCCCAGUACCUGAGAUGGGCCUCAGUGGCCAGAAGAAGUACCAGGUGAACCUGAGAAGUCACUCGGCUCCCAUUCAAGUGAUGCUAAUAAACCGAGAGACAAGCUGCUCCAAGCCUGUUGUUGUCUCUGUCCCGCCUCUGGAUGAUAUCUCUGCCAUGCCGACUCCACCCAGUACUCCAGCAGGGCUGCAAAGGUUUCCCAUCUCCUCGGCAGAGCUUUGUGAUCUGAAGCGUGGUCAGCUCAAAAGCCCUGCUGCAGAACACCAGCUCACACCAUCCUCCACGCCCCCAGAUGUUCACAUGGAGUGCCACCCUGAAUCCCCAGCUAGUCAGUGUAUGUUGAUGCAGGAGACUCUAGGUGAUGCUGAGGCUGUUGAAGAACAGCAGAGGGAGAAUCAGGAUCUGCAGUCCAUGCUAGAGGAAAUGAGGGAGGAGAGAGAAGGUGUUUCUGACCUCAUAGAUGAAUUGAUGUCAUCAGAUGUUUUCCCCUUGUUAAGACUUUCACCCAACCCUGGUGUGGAUUACAAUUUCAACCUUGAUGACAACGAGGGAGUCUGCGACCUUUUCGAUGUGCAGAUUCUUAAUUAUUAAGGCGCGAUUCAUGCCACACUGGUCCACAUUUGCUUUCGUGUUGAAAAAAGAGGUAAUGAGUCUUCCCACACUGCCAACAGUUGCAUUCCUGCCUCAGUGCCUGCUCCUUGAACCUUGGCUUGUACUCGGUUUCAUAUUCAUUUACAUUUCAUCCUCAGCUUGGGUUUGCAAGUCUUUAACAGUAUUUUCUUAUCUGCCUUCAACCAUGACUAAUGUUUCAGAAGAAGAGACAGGAAAAAUAACCCCCUCACCCCAAAACAAUAGACAUUAGAAACAUACACCUUGUGUGUCUAUUGCCAUUUUGUUUGAUGCAGCCAUUAGUUUUCAGGUUUGUGGUAUUGUUCAUUAUUUCCGAUGAGUGAUGGCAUAUUUUAUGGAGUUGAAUGGAGGUCAGUUUGAAAGUAAUUUGAGGAAUUAAAACUACCCAAACUUGACACACAAUGUUUUGGCUUUACUCUUAUUGGAACAUGUGCCUUAAGAUCAUCUCUUUGUUCAUUCUUUUUGUGCCACCCUGUCUCAUUCUUCAUGAUACUUGUAAACAGUUGUAACUUUAUAUUGUUACUGAGCGUUGUAAGCAGGAGCCCUCCUAAAUUACAUGAAAAUGUAUAGUAAUAUAAUUUAAUUGAAUGCACACUUCCAUUUUUGUAUUUAAAUGGCUCAAUUUCUUGUGUGUCUAAUUAUUUAAUCACUACACUAAUUAUUUGUAUUGAGAUGUAUUGUUUGUUGGUUUCGUUUUGUAGUACUCUAAUAGAAACCUGGUGACACUCAACUGUGGGUAUUUAUAUUGUGUUUUUUUUUUGCCAUUUGUAACUGACUGCCAUGUUGGAAUAUCACUAUGUUGUUCACUUUGUUGUGAAUAGCUGAUUGAAGUUUUUUGUUUUGUUUGUGUAGAGGAAAUUGUACCUAAUUUAAAAAGGAAUUAAUAUAAUUUGUGGUGUUCUUGACUUUGAGAACAUAAAGUUGUUAAACUGCCUUGGAUAAUCUUUGUAUUAUUUCCACAGAAUGGUGCCUUUAUAUCUCUGUAUAUGUUUUCUAA